AUUUUAAAGAUAAAGAUAUGCGUUUAUCAAAUAACAAAUAAUCACAUGUGCACGUAAUCGUUUAGAGUAGUGAGGUAUUUAGCUAUAUUCUUGCUAACUGCUAGGUAUUUAUAGGGCGAAAACAUCAUAUAAUAGAAGACAGAGCCAGUAACACUAAGAAUGGAAAAAGCCGCCGACAAUGACAACAUUGAACUGGUUGAGAAACACUUACCGGGAGACUGGCAACAAGGGAAGAGCCUAGGAGCCUGUAUGGUAGAAUUGUUUGACAGGGGCCUCUGGACAGAUGUCAAGUUUCACUUUAAAAAUCAAGAGCAAGAGCAAAUGAUCCAAGCACAUAGAAUUGUCUUAGCAGCAAGAAGUCCUGUUUUCCAGGCGAUGUUUUUCGGACCUUGCGCAGACGGAAAAACUGAAAUUGAACUGAAAGAUGUAGAAAAGGACAUAUUUCUUCUGUUCUUAAGGUAUAUUUACAGCGACACAGUUACACUGAACGAGGAAAAUGCUUCUGCAGUGUUGGGAAUGGCUCACUAUUAUCAAGUUUCAGGCUUGGUAAAGCUCUGCGCUGACUUCCUGGCAACCGUUAUUACACCAAACAGUUACUGUGAAAUUCUAACAUUUGCUAUGUUUUACAACCUGACAAGUCUUAAAACGUCGUGUUGUUCCUUCAUCGAUAGCAACGCAGAACAAGUCCUCAAAUCGGAUUGUUUCUUGGACUUAUCUGCAGAAUGUCUUCUGUAUAUUCUAAAAGGCGAUACUUUCUUUGCCAAAGAGGAAGAGAUUCUGGAAGCUGCAGAAAGAUGGUCCAGGAAGAAACUCUUACAGAGUGGAGAGGAAGACAAUGGCACAAAUAUCCGUAAAAACCUCGGUGAAUCGUUCUAUCAACUGAGACUGCCAACAAUGACAAAUAAAGCAUUGCUGGAUUACGCAAGCAAGAAAUGUUAUUUUUUCACUGAGGAAUAUGCAAAUAUUGCAGCAUAUAUCAACAAAGUUCCUGAUGUAAAUUUGUCGACUAAUUCUUGUGUACCACGAGUAGCCGAAGUUGAAUCAUUAACGGUCAAUAUAGACGACGGCUGUGUGUAUGAAAGAUGUGAACCUAAGGACCGGUUGUCAAUUACUUAUAACUUUUUCAUAUCAAAGGACGUUGCACUGUCAAAUUUUGUUUUCUCGGAGAUUAAGCCAUACUUGCAAAACCACUAUUACAGUACGACAGAGCUGCCAGACAGCAUUGACUUAAUUUUGUCAGGUAGUAUCAUCAUUAAAUGUUUGGAAUUUGAACAAACUUUUACGCUGCGGCAGCAACAACAUGAAAAUGUGAAGAUUGAUAUCAGUCCAUCGUUAGUUUUGAGGAAGAGAGAAACGCCAUAUUGUGUUGAAAUAAAUAUUAAACAUGAAUGUAUAAAAAUACAAAUGAAAACUACACUUGAUAGAAACAAUAAACGUAUUUCAAACGAUACCGGUAACAUAUCGGUUUGCAGCGUAGGUGAUGGAAACUUUUCAGUGAUCAAAAGUAUCGGUUUCCUGAACUUUCCAAAUCGUGAAUCGGACAAAAAUGUGGACACUGAAUCCACUGAAUGAGGGGUGAUUAACUGCAACCAAAUAAGGGCGACUAAAUCCAGGAAAUGUCGCAAUAACAAGUUCGUAACUCAAAAGUUACGGAUGCCUACUACACGAAGAAGUUAAAUGAUAAUAAAGAACAAUACGUUGUAUAGCUUCAUGAUUAUUUUUUUUCAUUUAUAGAAAAAUAUUUAUAAAAACAAUGUUGUAGUAUGUGAUAAUUUAUGUAUUCCUGGCCUAGUCCUCGAAUGGACACCGUUAUUAUGACGGUUUAUAUCAACAGUAUCAUACUCUAUAUUGUUCAAUGAUCCGUUAUUAGCUCACCUGUCACGUAGUGACAGGGUGAGCUUUUGAGAUCGCAUUUUGUCCAUGGUCCGUCCGUUCACAAUUUCUUGUGAACACGAUAGAGACCUCAUUUAGCAAUCAAUUUUAAUCAAUCUUGCACACAACUUGUAUUGGCAUAAUAUCUCGGUUCCUUUCAAAAACUGGCAAGAUCCCAUCAUGGGUUCCAGAGUUAUGGCCCCUUAAAGGGCCGAAAUUUGCUAUUAUGGCUUGUCAACACGAUAGAGACCACAUUUUGCAAUUGAUUUUAAUCAAACUUGCAGACAUCUUAUAUUGGUAUAAUUUCCCGGUUCCUUUCGAAAACUGGCCAUAUCCCAUUAUGGGUUCCAGAGUUAUGGCCCCUUUAAAGGCCAAAAUUUGAUAUUUUUGGUUUCAUAUAAAGCUCGAUUCAUUGCAAAUUCAACCUUAUGCACUACAAAAAACCAUUUCUCUACUUUUGACUUCUUGUCUUACUGCAAUAAAAGACCAUGUACAGAAAUAUUGGUCAAAGGUAUAUGAGAACUCGGGUGUUAAUCUGUUUUGGUCCAUCAAGAACUCUGGAGAUGUUAUCAAAAAGCUAAAAAACAAACACUUCAAAUGUUCGAGUAUAAGUACUUAUGACUUUUCUACUCUUUAUACUACGUAAUUUACCAAAUACUGUAGAAUCUGCUAAAUAAGCGCAUAUUCGAAUAUAAGCGCAUAUGAAAAGUAAGCGCAUACGGCCUUACUACGGUGCCCCUAAAGUGACAUGUUACGCACUUUUUUUCCACUUAGGUAA